AUGUCGACCUCUACAUCUGUUGUUGAAGAAUUCGAGCGACGAUCAAAAGAACUUGGAGAAAAGCAAGACAAGCUAUUCAAAGAUUUGGGAGACUGUUUAGUACUUUCUGACCAAAUCAGGCAAGAACACAAAGGUCUGACUCUGGAAGCUAUUGGACGUUGGGGAAAAGACAUGACAACUUUGAAAGAAGAACUAAUCCAAUGUUACAAAGAGUUGGCUGAAGUUCAUGGACCACUUGAAAAGGCAAAAGGAAACGUCUUAAUCCUCGAGACUAUGGUCUCAAAGUUCAAGAGGCUUCAUCCGGAAAUCAAUCAGAGAAACGGAAAAUAGCUCUCUUUAUGUAAUGAAUUAAUAUUUUAGUUAUUUUCUAUUCUGUAAUCGUAUUU